AUUUAUGUGGCAUGGAGCAUUCCUAGAUCACAUGUUCCAGAUAUUAUAUGAUCACUUUCAGAUAUAUCGAAUAUCCUUAAAAAAUAACAGUUCAAAUAUGUUUACGUAAUCUUUUCAUGGCUUUCAACCCUUAUAUGCUAGAUGGAGCAUAGUACGAAUCGAAGCUUACAUGGAUUUGAUACGAGUUUUCUUGAAUGUCUGUCCUCUCAUGUUGUUUUAACAUACCGUUAAUGGUUCACUUUAUUUUGGAUUAACUUGGGGGAAGCUCUACUUUUUCCUGUAAAAAAAGUAGCUUUAUGGACUUACCGACGGUGCCUUUUCAUUCUGCUGCGAGGCUUUGCUUGAUUCAAGAAAAAUACGAUAUAGUUAUCUUAUCAAACAGUAAACUCGCUUCAUUUUUCCCGUUCUAUCAGUAUUUUAGGGGACACUCCAUGUAUUUUUCUUCAGUUUCGACCUAAAUCCGCUGUUCAUUAUGAAGUCGGAUUCUCUUGCUCUCUUCACAAGCUCUCAAACGAUUCAUGAUCCAUUUCCACAGAUGAUGAUGUGCGGCAGCAAAGAGGAUAUAUUUUUCGAUUCCAGACAAUGGCUAGAUUCAGACAGCGAGGAUGAUUUCUUCAGUGUUAAUGGCGAUUUUACCCCUUCGCAUGGGAAUACACCAGUACACCAUAGUUUCGCAGUGGUUAGGAGUAAUUCCCUCAUUAGCAAAAGAUCUCUCAAGGACAAAACUUCUAAGUCGAUCUCCAAUCCUUUGCCGAAGAAGAAACUCGGGGAACUACUACAAGAAACCAGAGCAGAAGAGGAAACUGAAAGAAGAAAAUUCACCGAGAACACAGGCCCAACCACUGUUUCUGGAGCGCCACAAUAUCCUCAUGGAAUUGUAGCACCCGAGAGACAGAAGUCAGGUCGAUGCCUUCCAAAUCUCGAACUGUGCCGCAGUUUCAGUGGGAGGAAGAAGCGGUCAUGAUUUUUCUGCAGGCUUGACAUCAUUAGAGUUCUCAAUAUAUUCGAGAUAUGUUUACCUGAUUAUGAAAUUAAUAAUCCUGAACUUACUCGAGCCCAUUUAUGGGUGUGAAUAAUCUCUGCAAACUGUUAAUAUAAGCUUUAGAGUUGAAGUUGCUGUACAUAUGCAAUAAGAAUGUAAAUGCCAGACAGAUCUUUCCAAAGAGAAUAUGGAUUGAUAACAGAAGAAAAUCAGUCUAGAAAAUGUUCAGUUUCUCCUAUUGAUUCCGGAUAAGCGUGUUUUUUUUGGAACCUCGUAAUAAAUUUCAUGAAUUAUAAGGAAAUUCUACGGUUCAUGACAUGAACGUAGUAUUGGGUUAUUCGGGGGGAUCCAACAAUAAUCCAAUAAUCAAAAUAGUCUCUUGAAUGGGUCAUGACAUGAAUGAUAGAAUUUUCCGUAAUUUAUGUUUGAUAUUCAAUAAUCUGAGGAGACGAUUGAUAGGAGUUCUGUGCAUUCUUGAUUGAUUGUAUCUGUAGGAUGUCAGCAGCUUGGUAAUCGGGGUUCCUAGGAAUCUAUAAAUUGUUGUAAUCGUUAAUUCAAUCUACUAUAGCUCAAUGAUACGUGAAAAAGCUCCUAUGCAUGGAGGAAGUUACUUAAGCUUUGACACAAGGCUUAUUUUUUGAUGAAGCACAAUGUGGGAAAUGGAAGAAGCACAUACUAGUGGUUUGAUAACUGGUUGUCCAUUAACCCUCUAAUAGAUCAGUUUCCUAAUGGCCCCCUAUCUACUGGUAUUUCUGCCCAGGCUACUGUUGAGGCUGCUUUCUCUAUUGAUCUGUGGAGGAGUGGCAGGAGUCGACACAGACAUUUGAUAUUACUACUAAAGUUAGCUUGGAUAGCAACAGAGAUGACAAGAUUAUGUGGCUUGCUGACAAAAGAGAUUGCCUACAUUGGACAGUGUUUGUAAAUGGAGGGGAGGCGUUAGCAACACUCGUGUUAUCUGUUCUGCGUCCAUUGAAGCUAGAGACCGUUUGUUUUUUGGGUGUGCUAUUGCAAGAGAAGUGUGGAGGAGGAUUCUGGUUAUGAAUGGUUUAGUUGGAGAUGUUGAUAACUGGAGUGGGGAGGUGAGCUGGGCAUUGGAGCAUGUUAAGGGGAGGUCACUUCCUGCAUUACUGUAUAAAUUGGCCUGGCAAGCUCAUGUUUAUAUGAUUGUGGAAAGUUAGGAAUGAGAAGAUAACAUACUGAUCUGGUUCCUUCA